AUGGACUUCUCCACUCUCGACUUCGAUGCGUUCGGCGAGGCCUCUUGGCAUUCACCAACUGCGGAGAAGACCGAGUUUGGUUGGUUCGAUACAGGGGAGAUUCCCAUCGAUCCAAGUCUCCUCACAGCUGAUCAGAAUCAGUUCAGCAUCGGCGACGCAAGGCAGGUCCCUUCGCGAGCGAACCAAGAGGCGACUGCAAAUGCUUUCAAGACAGGCUUCAAUGGAAACGAAACUCUAACUAACACAGAGUCCCCCAAGCUUCCCGUUUCUGAAUCCAGCCAAAACUCUCAGGCAUUCUCUCGAAAGUGCCUGCGAGGGGCUGAACGACGCGCAGAGCAAGAACGCUCUUCCCAGAUGCCCAACCUCAACCUUCCUUUCCUCCCUCUCCCUACUCCUAGCCCAUAUCCAGAUCCACGGUUUGCAUUCAACGUUGCCCAUCCCAACGCCCCCUACUUCCAGGGCUAUCCUCCACCCCAGCACCAACUGACGGCCAUGCCACCCAUGCCAUCCCAGUACGUGCUCCCUCCUCACCCCAUCCACUUCGGCAAUCCUUACCCCCAGCAGCCGUAUCAGUUCAUGGCUCGCCCCCCUCCUACUCACCGUGCCGGCCAUCAUUUGGUCGAGACUAAAUCACUUCCUAUCCAGGGCUCUCCGCUCUCGCGCAAAGGUAAACGCAAGAGCGAGUCGAGAUCUAGUCACUACGACAACAAACCAAAGCGCCGCCGUGGUCACCCGGACGUUGACGGGCUCUACGAGCCGCUCCCGGCAGCGCCGGAGCGGCAGGGUCCUAUCGACGAGGCGGGCAAGGACUUCAUCAAGUACGACAGGUACGGCGAGAUCCUGCCCUACGACCGCAAGUUCACCCGCGACGAGCUCCGCCGAUACCUGUGGUGGACGAACAAGCACGCCGACGAGCCCGGCGUCCGGCCGCCCACGCUCUGGAUCCAGGCCCACCCGGCCAUGUGCAACAAGCGCUACCCGCGGCAGAUGCAGUCGUUCAAGUGCCGCAUGGCCAGCUGCCCGGUCAAGAAGGGCACCAUCUUCAAGGGCAUGUGGCAGGUGGGCAUCGACGAGUUCCCCGACCAGACGGGCGCGGAGCUCGACCCCUUCCACAUGGCGGGCCACUGCCACCUGUGGUGCAUCGAGCGCGAGUUCGACCUGUUCGACCUGAUCCAGCACGCCGACGUGCGCCCCGACGACCGCCAUUUCAAGAAGGAGGCCCGCAACCCGAUGUCGCUGCUCCACAACGAGGGCACCUCCAUGAGGGCGUACACGCGCUGGUACAAGAAUCAGCAGGUCAAGUACGAGGAGCACUGCCGCAUCUUCCCUAACCCGGUGCGGCGGCCCAGACGCACGCCCCGCGUGGAGGACUGCCUCUGGCACUGGCUGACGAUGUACAAGCUCCGCGAGGAGCGAGUGGCGCAAGCGAAAUGCCGCGAGCAGCGCGAGGCAGAGGCAGUCCAGUGCGCCGAUCUGCACAUCUACAAGGGCGACCUGGAAGUGUGGGCCAGACUGGUCGAGCGGCGUGCCAAGAAGAAGAGAUUCGAGGAGGUGGGAGAGUUUGACGACGAAGAUUGGGAGCCGACUGGUGGCUUCUCUCGCCCCUCAGAAGCGCCCUCGGGGUGUUUGUCUCAGGAGCCGAAAUCCAAGACGCAGGAGCUCUCAGAGCGGGAGGGAAAACGUCCGGAGACAAGCCCGCCUGUGCAAGAUCCGCCAAUCGCCAUCGAAGUGCAAGUUCCACUGGGGACUACACCACAGCCGUUCUACAUGGAAGUCGAGGGCAAGGUGGUCCUGAUGGUCCCUCAUCACACGAUUCUACCAUCAAAAAAAGGGCAGGCUCCACACGUGGUGCAGGCGCCGGCGCCUGCCAUCCAACCUGUGUUUUUUGACCCAGAUCUCAGUGCUCUACCCGGACAAAACCUGAUGCCGCUGUAUCAGGACCAGGUAUACGCCGGACAGGCUUUUCAAAACGACAUCGCGGGCGUUGCGCCUGUUCCAGAGAUGUACCCUCCUCUGCCCGAGUUCGAUAUGGGAAACAUCGGCGAGGAGGAUAUGAACAAUUACAUUGACGCAGCGGACUCGUCUCACCAGCAGCUACCAACCCCGCAGAUGGCACUGCUCAACUCACCUUUCGACACGCAACCCACGGAGUGCAUCGAAGUCAAAAGCACGCCGAAGCUGCGAAGAUCCCCGCGCCACGGGCAGGGACUGAGCAAGCGCGGCGACGAAGGUAGGUCAUCCGCCCAAACGAGCGCUGUGAACAAGGCCAAGAGAGAAAGAGCCGAGAGUCAGGGCGAGGUCCAGGAGCCUCGACGCAAACGAACAAGGGUUUGA